AUGUCGUCACGCGUGUUUCUUCGGCAGCAGCUGAUGCGGGGUCAAGCCCAGGAGCAAGAGAGACAGGAGGUCCAGGAGCAGGCCUCUGUGGCUCAGCUGAAGGCAACUGACUCCACCCCUGCUAUCGCUGUCACUCUGCCCCCAAUAGCUGCUCGCCCUCUUUCCGCACAGGUGCCCGUGGAGGUUUUGAAGGUGCAGACCCACCUGGAGAACCCCACCAAGUUUCACAUCCAGCAGUCUCAGAGGCAGCAGGUGAAGCAGCAUCUCUCUGCCACCCUCUGCAAUAAGGUGGCAAUUCAGACCCUGGGUGUGUCUCCCCUGGCCCUGUCUAGCUCUGCCCCUGAGAUGGAUCCCAUAGUCCGCAGUGCUCCCAACAGCUCCAUGGCUUCACACAACCUGGGAUCCAACAAAGAGGAGAUAGAUGGUGUAAUUGAUGACAUCAUCAGCCUUGAAUCAAGUUUCAGUGACGAUUUCAUGACAUUAAUUGAAUUGGGGCUACAGCUGCCUAGUACACUCCCCUGGAACCUCCUGGAAAUUAACCAUAGUCCUGGAAUGGCAGCACCUACCCUCACUGUCAGCAACUCCUGCCCUCCGGAUCUAACCAAUAUUAAAAGGGAAUACUCUGAUGCAGAUAACAAAGCGCGGGUGAAAGAGAGACAGAAGAAAGACAACCAUAACCUCAUUGAGAGGAAGCGGAGGUUUAACAUCAAUGACCGCAUAACAGAGCUGGGGUCCAUAAUACCCAAUUCAAGGGACUUGGAGUUGCGCUGGAAUAAGGGCACCAUUCUGAAGGCCUCAGUGGACUACAUCAGGAAGCUGCAGAAGGAGCAGCAGAGAGCCAAGGAGGUAGAGAUGCGUCAGAAGAAGCUGGAACAUGCUAACCACUGCUUGAUGCUGCGCAUCCAGGAGUUGGAAGUGCAGGCUCAGCUUCAUGGACUCUCCAGCCCGAUGUCCUAUGGUCUGAGUUCAGACCCCUCCUUUCUCCAGCAGCUGUACCUUCAGCAGGGAGGUCAUAUACUUGGGCCCAGAACUGGAGUGGCCUGCUCCCAAACCUUUCUCAGCCUGGGUGAUGCAGCCAUGGCACAACCCAUCCCUACCUCCUUCCUCUCUCCACCCUCCUCUGACUCCCCUGUGGGUGUGACCAUAGGCAGCCCCCUCGACCUGGGCAGUCUGCGCUUUGCCGAGCUGGAUGACCCCUCCAAUGCUGGGCUGUUCCCAGGCGUGGGGUUGGGGGACAUCGUCAUGGAUGAGGGGUGCACACGGUCCCCUGAGAGGGUGGACCCACUGUUUUUUGUGUCACCAGGUGCCUCAAAGACCAGCAGUCGUAGGAGCAGCUUCAGCAUGGAGGAGGACUUGUAA